AUGGAGUGCUAUGGUGGGAUGGGCAAGGCAAACGGUUUGUCUGCAGAUGAAAGUGAAAACGAGAUAUGCGUUUCAAACAACAACGUUGUUGACGAGAAUGACUUAAGAAAGGCUGAGUUGUUGUCGGAUGAAGAUGGUCGUGAAUAUGGUUACAUGACUGGGUUGAGUGCAGAGGACAUAAUGAAAAAGGUGUUUCGAAGUGAAGAGCAUGCAUAUGAGUUUUAUGGUAGGUUAGGGAAAUGCAACGGAUUUGGGGUCCGUAAGGGAGAUUAUGCAAAGAAUGAAGAUGGGAGUGUAGUGAGAAGGAGGUUCUUCUGUAAUCGGGCUGGCCUAAGGGAUGGAAAACACUACAACAGGCUAGACAGGAAGAGAUGCCAUAGGCCUGAGACACGCACGAAUUGCCAGGCCCUGAUGUCUGUAUACCUUGAUAAGGGCAGCUCGGUUUGGAAGGUUCGGAAAGUAAUCCUCGAGCAUAACCACGAGUUGAUACCGACGGGAAUGGUUCAUAUGAUCCGAAGUUUUCGAGUGAUAUCAGAUUCUGCAAAGGCCCACAUGGAUGGAAUGCAUACGUAUGGGUUUCCGACAUCUAAGAUAUUGGGGUACAUGGCUGGGAUUGCGGGUGGUUAUUCUUCUUUGGGUUUUACCAAGAAAGACGCAUACAACUAUAUGGAUCGGUCGAAGCGUGCAAAGGUGGUUGAUGGAGACAUGAACGCUGCUAUAGUAUACCUGGAAGGCAAGGCAGCUGCCGAUCCCAUGUCUAUGGCCCGGUACAAUUUGAAUGAGGAAGGUAUGUUGGGAAACAUGUUCUGGGCAGAUGGUCCUAGCAGGGUUGAUUUUCAACACUUUGGAGACGUAGUUGCAUUCGAUUCGACGUAUAAGAAGAACAAGUACAAUAGACCCCUUGUCAUAUUCUUAGGUUCAAACAAUCACAAGCAAACAACAAUUUUUGGUUUCGGUUUGGUUUUAGAUGAGACAAUCGGUUCAUACAAGUGGAUGUUGGAGAACUUGUUAGAAGUCAUGUGUGGGAAGCUGCCCUCUGUAGUCGUUACCGAUGGAGAUGAAUCAAUGAUUGCUGCAGUUAGGGAGGUGUUGCCCCAGGCAACCCAUAGGUUGUGUGCAUGGCAUCUGCAGAAGAAUGUGACCUCGAACAGCAACGAGCAGAUGUUCCGUGAUGUCUUUGCGAAGUGGUUGUAUGCUGACAUGGAGGUUGAAGAGUUUGAGUGUGAAUGGGCACAGGUUGCUGAACAGUUUGGGUUACUUAAUAAGUAUUGGGCGUUACAGCUGUAUGAAAAGAGGAAGAUGUGGGCAAAUGCGUACUUGCGUCGCAAGUUUUGUGCUGGGUUUCGCACGACGUCUCGGUGUGAGGGAAUAAAUUCCCAUCUAAAAAAAUUUUUGUCGUCUAGGCACACUAUUCUAGAGCUUGUGCAAAACCUGGAGCUACUAGUACGGGAGUACCGGAACAAUGAGCUGGUUGCACAGUUCAGUUCAAUUUACGGUGUUCCCGUUUUGACGACCCGUCUUGAUCCGAUCGAACAUUUUGCUGCAUCGGUGUACACGAAGGUCAUAUUCACGGAAGUGAAGAAGGAGAUUGAGUCUAUCUCGAUCGUUAACUUCGUAAGCAAACGAAGGGUCUCAACAACCAUGGUGUACACGGUUGAGGAGUAUGGAUUUCCCGGGCAGAAUGUGGUGGCAAUGUAUGAUCCAAAAAGAGGUAGGUUGGUAUGUCGAUGUGGAUUUUGGGAGAAAGAAGGUUUUCCUUGCAGGCAUAUGUUUUUUGUCAUGAAGCACGAGCACGUAAAAAGAAUUCCCGAAAGCUUGAUUUUGAGACGAUGGAGGAAGGAUGUGAAGACAGUCAACGAAUACACUGAGAAGACGGGACUAGAGGAUGAGCGGGGUUUCUUGUUGAGACAUGGAGCCCUGCAUGCCGCUUCGCAGUGGAUGCUGUUCGUCGGAUCAAAAAACGACGAUUUGUAUAAGAAAUGCAUGAGCGGGAUCAGGCAGAUCUGCUAUGAUCUAGAAGCCCGCAGCGGCAAUGACACGAUGGAUAGGAGUCAGAAUGCUGCCGGCGCUGUUCGGGAUCCAAGCGUUGUGCGCACCAAAGGGGCACCCAGCACACGGGGACACAAAGGUAAAAAAAGAAAGUGCACGAGAUGCAGGAAAACCGGGCACACAAAGCGGAGGUGCACGGAACCACAAAAAAUGUCAACCUCGACACGAUAUAAACAAUGUCCGAAGAAGGAAACGACAGUUAGCAAACUCGAGGUUGGUUCUCCGCACUUUGACGUGCACGCUGAUCAAGGCAAACGGUUAGAAGAGGGAGAUCAUUGUCGUAGUGAGCAAGAUGGCGGAGCUAACGAGAAAUGGGAGCAUGUAAUAGGCACGGCGCAAAGCCAAACCAGGAACAUGCGCGGAGUGGGUAACACCGUCGACUGGAACAUUGAGAACAUGCUUUGUGGCGGAUAUUGUGUUUGGGAAUUCCUUGAUCUUUUAUUUGAUGGUGCUGUUUGUAUUAUGAGUUUACUGGUAUGGAACUUGCAAAAUAGCUGGAUGUUCUUUGUUUUAGGUGUUGGAAAUAUUGCGCUUGUUACAAGAUCGCUGUUGAAGGUAUGGAGCACAUGGUGUUCUUUGUAUGGAUGGACAAAUGUUUUAUACGUGACAAACCUUUUAAGGGUUCUGACUUUCCUUUGUUUGUAUUCCGUUAAUGUGGCUGAUGCUCGGAAUUGUGCAGCUGCUUCCAAGUUAGAAUGA